GCAUGGUUGUCGAGUAUGCAAAAUGUAGAACACUCUACCAUUUGCUGCAUUGUCGUAAGUAUAAAAGGAUCUUAUUCCGGGAGAAGCUGAGUUGGAUGCAGCAAUGUGCCAAGGGUUUGGAGUACUUGCAUGGAAAAAACAUAAUCCAUCGGGGUCUUACAACUAAAAGCUUGUUACUUUUCGACAAUUGUCGUAAAUUAAAAGUGGGUGAUUUCGGAAAAGUGAAUGAAGUUGAAAUAAUUAGAACUGAUUUCAUGUGUUGCUACUUGGCUCCAGAAGUUUGCAUGGGAAAAAAAAACCUUACAGAAACGUCGGAUGUUUUUAGCUUCGGUAUAAUUUUUUGGGAAGUGAUCCAACGAGAGAAGCCAUUUUGCGACAGGGAUUUGCAUGACAUCAGUGAAUAUAUAAAAAGAGGUAUUCGACCGGAUAUUUAUAAUUUGAUCAAUGACGAUUAUAGUGGUAUAGUACCGAUAAUGGAAUGUUGUUGGCGCCAAUCCUCAACAGAUCGUCCAACGAUGAGUGAAGUGCGUCGCGAUUUAAAUUAUUCAAUUAAGCGCUAUGACCAUCAAUCAAAUUGCUGCAUAAGUUAGAAUGAAACUAUUAUUAAGCAAUAACAAAUUAUAUUAUAUCAGAAUAAUACAGAUUAUGUUGACCCUUUAUUUUUGUAUGUACAUUUUUCAAUAGAAGGACUUUAAUUUUAUUUCUAACUAUCCUUCUGCUAUAAAAUACACGAGCUUAUUACAA